GGAGAAGCCUGGACAGCCUCGCUCCCCCGCAGCCAGGUGCUACGGUCGGGAGUAAAGUGAGAGUCCGGCCGUCUUCGAGCGCCUGAGCCACGGCGGCGGCCCUGGGAGCAGAGGUGGAGCAACCCCAUUACUCUAAAGAUGAAAGGCUGGGGUUGGCUGGCCCUGCUUCUGGGGGCCCUGCUGGGAACUGCCUGGGCUCGGAGGAGCCAGGAUCUACAUUGUGGAGCUUGCAGGGCUCUGGUGGAUGAACUAGAGUGGGAAAUCGCCCAGGUGGAUCCCAAGAAGACCAUUCAGAUGGGCUCUUUCCGAAUCAAUCCAGAUGGCAGCCAGUCAGUGGUGGAGGUGCCUUAUGCUCGCUCAGAGGCCCACCUCACAGAGCUGCUAGAGGAGGUAUGUGACCGGAUGAAGGAGUAUGGGGAACAAAUUGACCCUUCCACCCACCGCAAGAACUACGUACGUGUAGUGGGCCGGAAUGGAGAAUCCAAUGAACUGGACCUACAGGGCAUCCGAAUUGAUUCAGACAUCAGUGGCACUCUCAAGUUUGCGUGUGAGAGCAUUGUGGAGGAAUAUGAGGAUGAACUCAUUGAAUUCUUUUCCCGAGAGGCUGACAAUGUUAAAGACAAACUUUGUAGUAAGCGAACAGAUCUAUGUGACCAUGCCCUGCACAUAUCGCAUGAUGAGCUAUGAACCACUGGAGCGGCCCAGACUGACAGGCUUGAUGGAUCACCCCCAGGAGGGGAAGAGGGUGGCAAUGCCUUUUAUAUUAUGUUUUUAUUGAAAUGAACUGAAAAAUUGUGAAACCAAAAGUA